GAGGCUGCGGCUGCAGGCACUGUCUGCUCAAAGCCAGCUGCCUGAAGCUGCCAUCUCCCCACACCACUGUCCUGGGACCCUUCCUGCCAGCUCUGCACCCCGAAGGUCCCCAGCACCAUGUCGCUCGCACACGCAGCUGCGGAAUACAUGCUGUCAGAUGCCCUGUUGCCUGAUCGCAGGGGCCCCCGCCUCAAAGGACUGCUCCUGGAACUUCCCUUGGACCGCAUGGUCAAGUUCAUAGCUGUGGGCUUCCCCUUAUUGCUGAUGUCGCUGGCAUUUGCCCAGGAGUUCUCCUCCGGGCCUCCCAUCCGCUGCUUCUCUCCCAGUAACUUCAGCAUCCGGCAGGCCGCCUACGUGGACAGUUCCUGCUGGGACUCGCUUGUUCACCACCAACCCGAUGAGCUUGGCCAGCACAAGAUGAAGUCCCUGUGGCCUCACAAGGCCCUCCCCUACUCCCUGCUGGCCCUGGCUGUGGUCAUGUACUUGCCCGUUCUGCUGUGGCAGUAUGCGGCUGCACCAGCCCUCAGCUCAGACCUGCUGUUCAUCAUCAGCGAACUGGACAAAUCCUACAAUCGCGCCAUCCGCCUCGUGCAGCACAUGUUGAAGAUCCGGCAGAAGAGCUCGGACCCCCACGUUUUCUGGGAUGAGCUGGAGAAGGCUCGGAAAGAACGAUACUUCGAAUUCCCCUUGCUGGAGCGGUACCUGGCAUGUAAGCAGCGCUCACAUUCCCUAGUGGCUACCUACCUCCUGAGGAACUCCCUCUUGCUCCUCUUCAUUUCAGCCAUCUACCUGUACCUUGGCCACUUCCACCUGGAUGUCUUCUUCCAAGAGGAAUUCAGCUGUUCUGUCAAGACAGGGCUGCUUAGUGAUGAGACCCACAUGCCCCAUCUGAUCACGUGCAGGCUGACCUCUCUGUCAGUUUUGCAAAUUGUCAGUCUCUCCAGUAUAACAAUAUACACCCUGUUGGUUCCAGUGAUAAUAUACAACCUCACGCGACUAUGUCGAUGGGACAAACGACUCCUAUCCAUCUAUGAGAUGCUCCCAGCUUUUGAUCUCCUCAGCAGAAAGAUGCUGGGAUGCCCCAUCAAUGACCUCAAUGUGAUCCUUCUUUUCCUCCGAGCCAACAUCUCUGAGCUCAUCUCUUUUAGCUGGUUGAGUGUCUUAUGUGUUUUGAAGGACACGACCACCCAGAAGCACAACAUUGACACAGUGGUCGAUUUCAUGACAUUAUUGGCUGGCUUAGAACCCUCAAAACCUAAACAUCUCACCCACCGAAUAGGUGAUGAAAACCCAUAGUUAAGAAACCAUGGAGCAAGAAAUUUUAUGGAAAAGUAAAAAUCUCUCUCCUUCUUUACAAGCCUCACACACUAAUGUACAAAAAUACCCGCUUUAGAAAUGCUAAGUGUGGAUUCAGCUGAAUCAUCUGUCCUGUUUUAUGUUUUCCUAAAGGUGAGAAGAUAAAAUCAAUGCAUGAAAACAAAUCUGAAAGUUAGAGCUGAAGAGUCAAAGAACUAAAAAAUUAGGUCUAGAGCAUUCUAUGAGUAUAGGGGGAAAAAAUUAACCAAAAGUCUAGACAUUCUGCAAGGAAAGAAAAUUCUAAAGGCUGUGUAUGGAGGCAGGUUCUUCUCUGUAUAUUUACUCCACGGCCCUUCUAGGUACACACUCAGCUCAACCCAAAGAGCAUGUGGGGUGAUCUGCCAAGUGAAUAAAAAUGUGAAAUCCCUGGAAACCCUGUGGUGUGGCCUGAAAUCCUAGGAACUUGCCCGCUUGCUUUGUGGAAGUCAAUGACCUUGCCCAGACCCUGUGUGACCCACAGAGUGGGUCAGAAGAUAAUGAUGCAGGAACUUAUUAUCUGCUCUUGGGGGUUAGGACAGCAUAGAACAAGGUCAGGGCCAUGUGUCCACUGUGGGUGGAGCUAUGGUGGUUUUCAUCAUCUAAACCAGGGACUCACUUCACCAAGGGCUGGGAUUAUGGGCUGUGGACUCCUUCACUGCUCCUAAUGGGCCCAGAUGUCCUUCUAAUCCUCCAGGGGAUGCUAUACCUCGUCCACUUAAAGCCAAUCACUGAAUAGCAACCACUUAGAACUAAAUGGGAAUGACAGUAAAGUGCUGUUGAGCCCCUUCUCUCUCUUCUCUGAUUCAUUAUCCCAUCUUAGCUUCUAAUUUCCAUUUCUAUGUCUGGACUUAAGGGAACCUUGGUCUGACUUCAGAGGCCCUGCUCAGCCCACAAUACCAUGUUGUCUCUCAUUGGGUAUUUCUUUUUAGAGCUGCAUAUUUCUUCAGAGAAUUUUUGUAUAGGCCAUGUAGACCCUUCCUCAUAUAGGUAAGCAGAAGAAUUACAUUGCUCCCAUGCUUCUCACGAUGCUGAGCCUUUGAAUGUGCUGUCUCCACUGCCCAAGAUGCCCUCCUCCAUUCUUCACUGGCCGGCCACUAGCUCUCCUUCAGUCUUCCCAGCCAUAUUUUCUUCAGGAUGGCUUCCUGUCUCCUCCCCAGUUCCCUAAAGAUGUGCUGCCACAUCA